UGAGGAAAAUAAUAUUAAUUGAAUACUGUUUAAUAUUUAAAAAAAAAACUCACUUAUUCUACUUAUAAUAGUUAUAAGCGUUUCAGCAGUGUCAAUUCACGUAAGCCUACUGCGCCUUCUUUGUAAAAAGGUAUUUCUAAGAACUGCAUAUACGGUAUUUCUAAGAACUGCAUAUACGGUAUUUCUAAGAACUGCAUAUACGGUAUUUCUAAGAACUGCAUAUACGGUAUUUCUAAGAACUGCAUAUACGGUAUUUCUAAGAACCCUGCCCUGCCUCACCCAAAGUAAAUAUAUCUUGGAAACCUACCCCUCCCUUUUUUUAGUGUAGGCCAUACUCCUAGGUGUACAAUUUGUUUGACCGCAGGCUGAAGGAACCUCUCCACUAAAAUAUAUUUUCUAUAUCCUGACCAGUUAAUUCAGCUGUGACUGAAUAAUGAACAACCUUGGUGAGAUUAACAACUGAACAUUUAAUAAUGAAACAUAAUUAUUUACAUUGAGAAAUGUUUCUAAAUAUAGCACUAUACUCAUAAAUAGAGCUCAUAAAUAUACAUGGUACUAUUUAAUAAAUAACAUCUUUAUAUCUUUAUAAUUAAUAGAAACUAAUAAGACAGCCACUCCGCAUCUUGUGUUUAUAUGACGCCUUAGUACUCUAGUCCGCCAUUGCCACAGUAGUGCAGUGCCCAAAUACUGCCUGCGUAACUUGGCUCACUUAAAGGAACAAACGCCCUUGCAUUGAUUACUACACGAGCUAACUCAAAGAAGCAACUACGACAAAGACAGCAUCUAGAUGUAGGCCUAUUAAUCAAAUCCCCCCACCCCCGUCUAAGAGCAUCCCGUAGGUUUGUAUAGGCCCUAGUUAUGAGAGCCCAGGAAGUGAGGAGUUGAUCAGUCCUCUCCACACCUUUCUGCCUGUUAUGUCACUUAAUGCUUUGAAACUAUUUAUAAAGUUAAGAAAAACAACAACUAUGGUUGGCCUCUAUGGGAGUAGGGGCCCUGGUCGGUCAAUAGAUUCGCUUAUGCCUAAAAUUACCCUGUCAGAAAAAAACUAAACGGGGGACAAAACGUCAAACCAUGAAAAAGAAAAGAAUUAAAAAAAAAAAAAAGCUUACAUUAAGCCGGUACUUGUAUCAAAUAGUUUGGAUCAAUCAUGUCAUUCAAUUAAUAAUAGCUCUAGAGUAACAUAAAAAGGCAUUUAUAAAAAUAAAAAAAUUUGGGGAAUGACCUGAAUUGGAACGUAUGUCUCAAGCCUUCUCAUACAUCUCAAGCCAGCACGGUAACCACUCUACUAGAUGAGAGCUUAUGAACAUGGAAGAUAAUACAUAUAAGUAUGUGCAGCCGAACAUUGCGGGCCACAUGAGGAGGCACAAAACCCCAAUGCAAAGCCCUCAGUCCCCUGGAUGGCAAAAGUAGUCAUCAUCGAAACCCGAUGGACAAACUGUAUAAUAUAUAUAUGUGUGUUUCUAUUAUAUCUUGUUCUCUGCUUCUGGGCACUAACCUAAGUUUUCCUAACGAUAUUGGGUUUUAUAUUGGCUACUGCUUUUAUCUGUGUAUUUUAAAGAUAUCAUGGACCAAUGAUAAUAUCAUAAUCUACUACUAAUCUAGGUCUCUUGGUUAUGAAGAGAUCUAAUGUAUUGUUUAAUCUAGUUGGUUUUUUAAUGAUUUGAUCUAAAAUUAGAUUGGGUAAAGUUUCUACGAAAAGCUCAUUUUAUGUCCUUAAGGUUUUGGUGUUUAUCUAUGGUUGGUGUUUUAAGGUAUUUUGGUAUUAAUUCUUUAGUAGGUUUAUUUAAUGAGGGUGUUGUAUUAGUUUUAGCAAAUUUAACAGGAGUGGAUCUGGCUAGCGGUUGGUAAGUUUGGUUUGAAAUGCUGUUUAGGAUGCUGUAUGGGUUAGAAGUGUCUGCAUUAAAGGAGUCUAACAGUCCUGAUGUAAACUGAGGUAACCCACUCGGUUAACAGUGCCACAAUGCGUCUUUGUUGCCUAAGGCAUGAUACGCAGCCACACAGGUGUAUUCAUAUGAAGACAUGAUGUGUGGUACCAUUCACCACAGGUGUCACAUUGAAUGACUUUCUGUUUCAUAGUGCAUACUUUUUUUUUACUGCUCUCAACCUUAAGAGUAUGUUUAUCAGUUGUCUAUAAAUGUGAUCUGAUUGUAAACAAUUAACCGUCAUCUGUCGUCUAUAUUACGGUUGCCUUAUGUUUCGUACACCACCGACACCAUGUUUAGUUGGCCUAUGAUACAAUUUUUUAAAACAAUCAGUGAACAUCUCAUUAUCUUGCGCUAGGCGGAAGUCGCUACUUUAUUCUAUUGAACUCACGCACCUUUUCGCGCCAUAUCAACACAUGGCUAAUCACGGGCUAGUUCCAUCGGCUAAUGAAGAGUUUGUUUUCAAAGAGGGAAUAAUGUUUGAUAAUCAGGAAAAGUGCUGUUUUCCUUUAUUCAAAAUAAAUUAAUCAUUGGCUUAUAAUCAUUUUUAAGAACGAAAUCUAAGCUUUGUGAUUCUUGGUAUUGCUAAAACCAUGUGAGGCAUGGGCGUACCUAAUGUGCCGGACGAUAUAUACACAUAGUCAUUAUAUUUGAUUAUAUGCAAACUAGCUGAAACAUUAUUUUUCUGCAGAUUCUUACUGAGUUUAGUUUUAGAGAAACACAUUUAGCUAUGAGGUGGUCCUGGAUGUUUACGAUUGUGCUACUGUAUUUUGUGUUACUCUCAAAAUUGAGCUGUUUCCCUUCUUUGAAAUACAGUUUUACGGAUUUCAUGAAGUCAAACAAUUUGGAUAGAACAAGAUAUACAACAAUGUCCAAUAUUUCCUAUGUCUAUUUUGGAGACACACUGAACAUCAACUGCACGUUGUCAGCAAAGUUUACUGGGAAAGGAUUGAAUGCAAGUCAUAUAUGUUUUAAAUGGACUGAUCCCUCUAAGCCAGCUGGCAAUGUAUGUGUAUAUGAUGGAUCAGAAACACACAUAUCCAGCAAUAUCACAUCACAGUUAGUCAUCACUAAUGUCACAAAGACUGGGAAGGCUGUAUUCUACUGUUACGUUGAACAAUGUGACAAAAAGUGUUUGGUGGGCGAGUCCGCAGACUUUCUAGUUGGCAUAUCCAAAGACAUUCGAAUGCAAUAUAAACCACACAAAGUGACCAAUGUGACUUGUACUCUUCUCUACUUGGAUGAGUAUGUUGAGUGUUAUUGGCAUCACCCAGUACCAUAUAACAGAGAAUUGAAUAAUGUUACAAUCAGUUGUACAUUAGUUAUUGUUGACAUCAUAAAUAAAUCUUCCUCUUGUUCUGACCUAACAUUCAAUGGAUGCCGUUGGGGCAAUGUUGAAAGGAAUAAGAAGCACAUUCUUCAGAUCAAUGUGACCAACAGAUGGCCCGGAGAUAGCGCUACCACAGUCUUUGAGUUUAUACCUUUAAAUGAAGUCAAACUAUCAGCUCCACAAAAUGUAAAGGUAAAUGUGCUGGACAAAACAGAUUGCUAUAACAUCACAUGGACUCAAAAUAAAGUGGACAGAUUCAGUAAGUUUCACAUCUUUUAUCAAGGCCCAGGGGAUAAUAAUUGGAAGGCUGUCGCUACAAAUGUGUCACAAACGUUUUGGAAGAUUUGUGAAGAUCUGCAACCAUUCACUACUUACAACUUUUCAGUGAAAAGUCAGUCUAAAUAUUUGAGUGAUGGCAGUAUUGUUACUUAUACCACACCAGAAAAAGCUCCAUUGACUGGACCUGAAGCAGUAAAUGGCAGCUACAUCACUGAGGAAUGUAAUGAGCAAGAUGGUCAAAGAAAUGUAACACUCUAUUGGAGAGAUUUAAACAAGAAACAUCAAAAUGGUGAAAUAAAGCAAUAUCUAGUGAAAUAUCAAGAUGUUACAAAGUCAGUUCCCAGGGGAAACUAUAAAAUUACAUUGAGAGUCUCCUGUUCAUCACCUGCUACUGUAAGACUGUUUGCAGUAAACAAUGCUGGGCCCUCAGAGAAUCCAACUAUUUUGUCCAUUGCUCCUUACCAAUUUCAAGUACCUUUGGAAACAAAAUUGUCAUUAUCUGUGGAGCUCACUAACAGUACAUCAGUUCAAAUUGUUUGGCAAUCUACACACAAUAAUGAAUUGUUAAAUUUUGUUGUCUUUUGGGAGAACACUGCUGAAAACUAUAGAUACCAGGGUCCUAUUUCUUGGAUACGUGUACCUAAGCACCAAUACUACAUGAACAUUGCCAUAAAUAAUUCUCUUCAGUAUAACUUUGGCUUAGCAGUAUCAGAUGAAAGCAAUCAAUGGACAUCACCUAUUGCAUGGACUGAUUGUUUUUAUGAGCCAAUACCAUCUACUUUCCCAACACUCAAAGAAAUUAAUGUUAUUCCUUAUGAUGAGUCAGCUUGGAUUACAUGGGAAAAAAUUAAGUGCUCCAAGCAAAACAGAAUUAGAAUCAGAGGCUACAUUUUAAAAUAUUGCUCUCAGAACAGAUGCAACAUCAGUAAUGAGAUUACUGCAGUCACUAUCUCACCAGAUGAGUCAAGUUAUACAAUCACAAAACUAGAUCCUGAGACAUUGUACAUGUUUGCUCUUGAGGUUGAAUCUCAUGGGAUUAACAAUUCCAUUUCAGAAUGGAAAAUGUUUUCUACAAAAUCCAAGUUUAAUAGUUUAACUCUUACCCUCAUUAUUAUUGGGAUAACCAUUGUUGUUUUAAGUUUGAUUUUGAUACCUAUCAUUAUUUGCAGAUUGUGCUUGAAAAGCAAGGAAAAAAUUUCUGAGCUUAUCAAGGAUGCAGCUUGCAUGCAACCAAUUAAAGAAAGAAACAAAGGGGUUCAGGAGUCUUCAAUCAAAGUUGAGGAGUCCAGUGGUGACAAUGAAGAUCAUCUCAACAUUGAGAGCAAGCUGCUUGAAGUUGCAGUAACCAAUGAUGAUCAGUCUGAGCAUUGUGAGAAUCUGCCCUCUGACAGCAGAAGUCUUUUGUUGAAUCCAUUAGAACACAAGUCUGAGAAAUCUUACCCAGUAUAUAAUGGGAAUUUAGGCAUUUCCAUGAUGGACAUUAAAAAAACUGAAACCCAACCUAAUGCUCAGGACUAUUUAACUAUAGCCCUUGUAUGAAUUAUGUCUAAAUGCUGAGAGACUCCAAAAAAAUUAACAGGAUGGAAAUGAGAAUCAAUUUGAAGCAUUGGAAUAUUGUAGCUGAGCUUACCAUAAGAACUCUUGAAACUUACUAAAAAAAAAAAAAAAGUAGAAUGUAUACUUAGAAGUUGUUCUUUGACUCCUUUAAAAAUAUUUUAAUUCUCAUGAUACUUCAAAAAUGUGGACCAUUAUUGUGAUUUGAAUUUAACUAAAGAAGGUAAUACCCACAACUUCAAGCCUAACCUCUUUGGAUAUAAAUACUGGUUAUUGAUUCAUCUCUGUGACAUGCACAUAAGGCCUUCUUUAGUGGCUGCCUUAAGCAUUACUUUUUUUUUUUUUAUGAAAGUGUAUUACCAACCAUGCAUUUCUAUUAAUUAUGAUUGACAUUCAUGAUUGAGAUUGAAAUUUUUAAAAAUUAUUUGAUUUCUUGGAUUAAGUUAAUAGUUUGUAUAAAACGAUGUAUUGUGUUGCUACGUAGCCUUUUGAAAAAUUAGCUACUUAGGAUGGUGGAACAUAACUAGACAUUACUCAAUCAUUUUCUGGGUUAGAUUUUUCUCAUUUUAAAAAUUAAUGCAUGGUUUUAGCUUCACACUAGUCUCUUUCUUUGUUUGGUCUAAAUGCUUUAUUAGUUACCUCCCCCUAGGGAAAAUGUCCCAAUUGGUUUUUGUCUUGUCUGUUGAGGGGAGGUAAUUAAGUGAUAAUCAAAGUUAUGGGCUUAAAGUAUGUGUUUGGGGGCAUUAUAAAGUGGGCCUUAUAAUAACAGAUACUAAAAUUUACAAAUCAAAGAUUUUAAUAUGGGAGUGUUAACUUACCAUUCCAUCAUAAGUUAGAAAAAAAGGGUAGGUUCCUUGAUAAAAUAAUAUAUAUAGCCUAGGAAUAUACGAACGGGUGUAGCCACUGGGUAAUGCUAAUAUAUGUACAUACAUAUCGAAUGCUAUUUCAUCUUCUCUGAUUAAUUUUAUUUGAACAUAAAGUAGGAAUUGAUUUUUUUUUUAAACAUUUUAUGUUUUUUUUGUUAUGUAUUCUUAUUUUCAUAUCACUAAAAUGUAAGUGUGCAUUCUUGAAAAUAUAAAAGCUACUUUUUUUUACCUGAAAUUAUGAUGAUAUAUCCAAGCAACAGAGUGUAAUUGUAAACUUGCAUUAUCUUUUUUUGCUUUUGUGCCUAUUUAAAGAUAACUGAUUCUUUUCAUUUUUUUUACAAUCAUGUCUCUCCAGUUUUUGUUUUUUUUAACUUCAUUUAAAUUUUAUAGGAUUCAGAAGCACUUAAUCAAAUCAAUACUUUUGCCUUUGUUUCAUCAUGUUUUACUAUGUUCUCUUUUAAUAGUGCUAUGUUUUAUUUAUUGUAAAAAGUUUAUUGUAAAAUGUUUUACAAGUUUCAAAUGUUCCUUUAGAGUUGAAGAUAAUUUACUUCCUAGUCCAAACUUCCUGCAGGAUGGAAGAUGGGAGUGGGCAGGGAAUGAACCCGGGACCAUCAAUAAGUCCCAAUGACAGUCCAGCAUGCAAACUGCAUGGCCAGGCAGCCAUCCAAUUAUAAUGUUGUCUUUAAUGAGUACAUUGUAACUUUUAAUGCUCAUUCUGGAGCUAUCUGCUGAGUUUUGGUUUAGUGUUUUAUAACUAUUUUUUAUAAAUAAAAGCUUAUUGCUACAAUUUCAAUAGUUGGGCAUUUAUGAAUGUAUCCAAAGCUCAGAAUAUUUACAAUUGCAUAUUUACCGUACAAUAAUUGCCUUUAUUAAUCAAAGAUACAUCAAGGUGUAUCUUGACACUUUGGUGUAGCCCUAUUGUUUGGGAAGUUUUUGUAAGGUUGUUAUUGUCGGUAGUAGAUCUAACUAUAAAAUGCUUUCAAUUACAUGCAUCUCAAAUAGCCGCUUACAAGCAGUCCAACUUCUGACCUUCAUGUUCGGCUCAGAUAUUGGGCCAGGGGGAACAGUUUUCACUAACAGGAGGGUAGGGGCAAAGGUGAAAAACUGGUGCCUAUAUCAGUAAGCUUCGGGCUGUAGAGGCUUGUUAGCCUUGGCUGACUAUCCACCUAGCCAAAGGAAAACCUCUGCUGCCUUGCAGCUAUACCCAAACAUGGGAAAGUCUUCAAAAGUCAAGCCUGAGGAAAAAUCAGGUGCUCCUGUAUGGGCAAAAAAAAAAAGUUUCUGGAUCAUUAUUUACUAAUUAUUCACCUAAAGAUGGCAAAUCAAGAAUGUUUUCCUUUCCAUAAUUUUCUGUUUUAAACAUAAUAUUAGAUUAGAAAUGACAUAUAGAUCAAUUAAGGAAAAGAUAUUUCUAUAGAAGUCAUAGUAAUGAUUUCUAACCUAUACACAUCUUCUUUAAGAAUUCUUUGUUCAAGUUGUUUGAAUCAAUGGUCUAGAAUAUUUUACAUGUAUUUGUUUCAUGAUUCUUAAAGAUUGCCAAACUGUAACGAUCUGAUCUCAUCAUUAUUUACUACCAACCAUACACAAAGGCCCCGGGAUAGACAUUUGAGACCAAAAGAAAAUCCACUGCCGAAGACAUAGGGGGCAGAAAUAAAAUCAACUAAAUUGAUCACUAGCGGACAAUGGUUAUGUCUGUGCUUAAUGUGGCAAAAUAUGUAGGUCACAAAUGGGGUUGUGUAGUCAAGGGAAAUACUAAAUUCCUCUUUAAUCAUCAGACUUAAAGACAAGCCUUAGUAUUACUAUAGUUAAUUGAAGACAUGUUUUUAUGUUCUCAACAUCAUCCAUUGCUAAAAUUAAAUAUGUUACACUCGUUGCUUUCUUACUGAAACAUUCCUUUCAAUGUGCAUAUUUCAUGGUUUUCUUAUAGGAUAGAAAGAUAGUAGGUUUUGUUUGAAGUUCUACUUUGCUAGUAAUUUGUAUCACUUGCAUGUAUAUCUCUAUUUUUACUGUUCUAGAGGGACAAUUGUAGUCAGACUGAAUUUCCAUUAGUUUGGACCAAUAAAAACAUCUUAAGUAUUAUGCAAUAAGUACAUCACUUUAAGAAAUGGCAGGAAAAUUUAAUUUAUCAGCAUUUGAAUUAUUUAUUUUAAACAUUUAUGUUUGCAUGAAUCUGAGAAUCUAAGAAUGAAAAAUUAUUUUAUGUAUUAGUUUAAUUUUUUAAAAUGGGUUUAUUCGUAUGUUCACCUUUGUCUUACUUCUUGAAUAGCUUAUGGUUGUUUAUAUUUGUCAUGUCAUAUAUGCAACAGAACAUUUGAAUUUUAAAACACCAUCCAAUGUGUUUAAUGUUAUCUAAUCAAGUAUGCAAUCUAUUCUACAAUGUUUCAUGUCAUCAUUUGAAGUGUUAUGAUUCAUUGUGCACAAGUGAAUGUUUGUCUUCUUUUCUUCAUUCAUAGCAUAAGUAAUACAUGCAUAAUGUAUGCCUUGAAAUAAAAUAAAAAAGUAUUUUUGUCUCCUUGACAUUGUAAUGAUGUUAACUUUUAAAUUAAUUUGUUUUGUUUCUUUUGAGUUUCUGAAGACUUGCAAAAUCAAAAAGUUAAACUUAAUUGUAAGUUUUAAAGUUUCCAUGUAAGGUUACAUGUAACCAAACAAUACACAUUUAGAAAAUGUCCCAAAUGAAAGUAAUUAAAC